CACUAGAGGGACAGAAAAUCGACACGGGGCGAGAAAAAAAAAUAUUUGGCCGACAUAAAACCAAAUAAACAAUUCAUAAACCCAAAUUGGAACUGUUCUUGGUUGGAAAAGAGGAAAAACGGUCGUAUAGCAACUGAUGAUUUCCCUUGUGCGAUUUAAAGAAGGCCUAAAUUUAACAUAGCAGCGGAAAUGUGGUUUUGGUAACGGUUUGAAAACAGCAAAGACAGGCCGAUGAGCGAGUGGGAGAGUAUCUAGCUAGCUACUGAGUUCGCUAGCUAAAGGAGCGGAAAGGGAAAAAGCUACAAGAUAGGCCUUCGGAACUAUGCUUUGCACACGUUUAGCUAGCAAUUUGUGAAUAGAACAAGGAUACGCUGAAGUGUUUUUUUUUUUUUUUUUUACUCGCAGGGCCUGUCGCGCCCUUUUCAUCAUCACUUUUUUUUUUUUUUUUUUUGCAAGCAGCCGUUUCAAAAUACGACAAUCUAGCUUUCUAGUUAACCUGCUAUAGCUAGCCAUCAGUUCAAAUAGCUGGCCUAAUAGCUAGAUUUGACAAGAUCGCUACAAUUGGAUAUUAGUCAGUUUUAAGAAUAGAGGAUCCUAAUUUUAGACAGGCGAGACUGAUGCUGAAUACCGCGUUGUUGGCCUCGAGUAUACGUUUCGCCAGAUAGCUUUUUAUUUUAGAUUUUUCUUUAAAGCAAUCGAGAAAUGUGAUUACAUCAAGAAAUUCGCCUCUCUCCCUCUCCCUGUCCCCCUCUUGCUCGCAGAAGCAACAUCACUUUGGUUUGGCUACAAACGUUGAAAUCUAGACACGGUGACCGUAUCUAAGAGAGGAAGGGAGGAAUUGCCUGUUCUUCUGGAAACUAAAAAUAAAAACGAUGCUGAUUGUGAAAAGCCUAAUGGACUGAAUGAAACUUUGAAGAGCUGGAUAAGAAAAUUGCGUAACACCAUUUGGGAAGAGGACUUAAAGAUCACACCAUCAAACAUUUACAGUUGACAGGUUAAUGGCAAAGAUGUUCUCAUUUAAAAGAGUGGCUGAGACCACACUAAAAACACUCUAAAAUGGCGGGGACUUACUAAAUUAAAAACAAGCAUCAUAGUAGGCAACUUAAAAAAGAGGACAGCAAGAGACAGCUAACGGAUGUCUAUAAAGAAACACUUUUGCUUUGCAAUUUACCUGCAAGAGGUAUAUCAUCUGUGGGAUGGACAUGACACCCCAUAGGAUACAUAUUCUGUAAGAGACGACAAUCAGGCAAUCCCAGAGUCAAGGACAAAUAUACGAUUUGAGUUGACUUCAAGUAAUUCAACUCAGUCAGAGUGCAGACCAUUAUGUGCCGGACAAAACAAAGCUAAGCUUUGUUUUACUGAAGUAAAUAUAAAAUUGCUUAAAAGAAUACAAUUUACAUAAGCAGAAAGCAGGAACCUUUGACAGCAGAACGAGGCCGAACCAAACGGAAAGAGCGCUGAAAAGAAGCAGAAAACAAACAUUGAUAAUAAGGAGGGUGGGCUAACCCCUUUAAAACCCCAUUUCUGGCUCCUCUUGGAUGGAGAGAGGAGGGAGUGAACGGUCGUCGUCCUUGGGAGGUUCAAGUGCUGCGGGGGCACGCAGUAGUAACAGCAGCAGGAGUUCAGGAGGAAGCGGAAGUGGCACAGGAGUGAGCGGAGGAAGCAGUUCCAGAGGUAGCAGUGGGGCCGUUGGGUCUAGUUCAGGUUCCUCCAGCCGUAACUCCUCAGUCAGUGGUGGUGGAAUUAUUGUCUCCACUACUGGGGCUGGUGGGGUGGCUCCAACUCCUCCACCUUCCAGUGAGUGGGAGAUGUUCCAGUUUGGAAAGUACAAUUUGGACAUUAUAGAAAUGCUAAGUGGACACCAGGCCCACCAGUUCAAAGGCCUUGGAUUAGAGAGACAGCUCCAACAUCAACAGCAAGUUCAGCUUCAUCAGCACCAGCAGCAGCUACAGCAGCAGCAACAACAGCAGGCUGAAACUUCAGGCGCUCUUCUUUCUGGGCUUAGCCUGGGAUCACUGCAAGGUUCUAGAGGAAACAGUUUUUCAGAUUCUUCUUCAAUUUUUGCCAAAAUGAGUGCUCCGCCUCCACCCCUACCACAGCAGGCUCCUUCAUCGUCAUCGUCGCAAAGCUCAAGGAAGUCCAGCAAAAUGGGUGUGAGUGGUGGAAGUGGAGCGGGAAGUAGUGGACAUGUGCCAGGAUAUCCACAGUUCUUGCGCUCAUUUCACCCAGCUGAGGCAGCUCUAGCCCAGGAGCAGCUGCAUCCAGGAAUGGGGCGUUUUGAACACUUCGCUACGGGAAGCGGGAGCAGUGGAGGAACCAGUGGAAUUGGUGGACUAGUGACAUCUGCUCCACCACCACAACCACCACCCUUGCACCCUGGCCUCUCUAUACCCCAAGCAUCACCGGGACCCUCUUCAUCUUCGCCUUCCCCUUCAAGCUCUGCUUCUACCUCCAACAACCCUCCAAGCAGCAGUGCUGUGACCUCCUUGGGUCACCAGCUUGUUGGAGCCCAGUCUGAUGCCCGCAGCCUCCACCAGCAAUUCAGUUGCAUGUUGGCAGCCAAUCAGUACUUUCUGUCAGGGGUGCCAACUAAUGCCAGUUUGGAGCAGUUUUUGGUUCAGCAGGGUACCCACAACCAUCUUGGCCUUGGAUUAGGACAAACGGGUGGGGAACCAAGUUCAAGUUUAGCCCCACCCCCAGCUCUUCACCCCUCUCACACACACAGCCACCCCACUCCCCAACAGCAGCAGCAACAGCAGCAGCAACAGCAGCAGCAACAAUUGCCACACCAUGCCUCAUCACACCCUCACUCUCACCCUCACCACCCUCUCCAUCCAGGAUCCCAGCCUUCCUCUCUGAGUGGAUUUGAUUUCCAAGGUAUUCCAGUUCUUUCUUCCAAUCAACUAGCUUCUCUAAUGCAACAAGAAGCUGGCUUGCCCCUCCCCCUGCCACUCCAUUUAUCUCUUUCCAAGGAUGAUGGAAAGGGUGACAGCGGGGGUGGAGGAAGUGGAGGGGGGGGCAGGAGAAAGAAAGCUAUGGCUGGGUACCUGCCCCAGAGGAAAUUGGAGAGCACCAAUAGCGGCAGUGGUAACAGCCACAGCAGUGGAAACCCCAAUCCCAGCAGCAGCUCGGGACAUGGCCAUGAUGUCGGGGGCCUUGUUGGGGGGAGUGGAGGGGUUGGCAUGCCAGUUAUUGGAGGAGACCCUUCCUCCCUUCUCUCCUCUUCAUCUUCCUCUUCUUCCUCAGCUGUCUCAUCCUCUUCUUCCUCUGCCCCUUCUUCAUCUUCAGCCUCGGUACUCGUAACUAAUGGCUCACAACUCCAGAAACCUGAAAACCAUGGCCCAAUGGCUCUCAAUGCUGCUCAGCCAGAACCAGAGCCACUGUACCACUGUGGCGAAUGUGGCAAAACCUUUACUCACCUCUCCAGCCUCCGAAGGCAUCUACGCAGCCAUGGUUUGGCUACUGGAGGUAGCAGCACAAGCAACAGCUCUAACCCAAACCCUAAUCAUAACCACCAUCACCCAGAUCCCACUCUGCCCCACUCAACCCAGGAUCAGACCUCACGAUCCAACCCACAUCAGCAACAACCACAUCAGCAAUCCUCUUUAAAUCCCCAACAGCAGUCAAACCCAGACCCCACCUCCUCCUCUUGUGUUAGCCCUGAGAAAACCCACUGUUGCCCUGAAUGUGGAAAGGGAUUCAAGAAAAGGGGCCACCUUCUCCAACAUAGUGUCAUCCACUCUGGGGCGCGUCCUUUUGCCUGCACUAUUUGUACGCGAGCUUUCAAUCGACGUGAGUCUCUCACCCGCCAUGAGAAAAUUCAUGUGGAAAAGCCCUUCCGCUGCCCAGCUUGCUGUCGUGUUUUUCGUGAAAGCACUUCUCUGCUUAACCAUGCAGCUUCUGGUGCUUGUGGCAAGGGUCCAAACGCCCACCGCAGGAGCAAGGGCAAGAUGUCAGAAGGAGAUGAGUAUCAGGAUGAUGAACUGUAUGGAAAAGAGGAAGAUGAGGAUGAUGGAGAAGAUGGAGAAGAUGGAGUGGUCGGUGAUAUAAUGGGUGAGGAUGAUGAUGACAAGGGAGGGAUUACCUGUGAUGGAUUGUUUCAACGAGGGAGAGAGGAAAGUGCCAACAGUGGAGAUAAAACUGAUGUGAAAUAUUCUUCUGAUUUCUCACGGAAUCGCUACCAACCACCGUAUAGAGGCGAUGACUACCAUGGAGACUACAAGCCACAACGUGGGCAAGCUAAUCCAACAGCUUGCUAUCCUGGGGAACCCUCCUGUGGAAGUGGGAUGCCAGGCCCAGCUCUGAGGAAAGCUCCGUUAGCCCCUACUUUGCAUCCACACCCUCAAAGUCAAACUCAACAGCCUCAUCUGCCUCUCUCCUCUCUCUUGGAUGAUUCAGAAGAUGAUGUUACCAGCUCUGUUAAUAGCGCCAUCUCUGCUAUUGCUGCAGCUGCUGCUGCUUCAUGCAUGCCUGGUGAGCUAAAUAGUGGUGGGGUACGAGGAGAAGAACGAAGAGAUAUCAUUGGAGGGUUGUUAGGAGGUCUUGGUUUGGGUCCUCUUGGCACCCAACCUGGUGGUCCAUCAUCAACAUCUGGAAUGGACAAGAACUAUAGAGGAAGUGGUAUAGGAAACCAGGAAAGCAUGAGUGGAACAAUGACCAACUUAACUCACCAUAACCAACAGCAACAUCACCAGCAGACCCCAAAUGUCAAACCUAAGCGGCCUCGUAAGCCUCGAGCAAAGAAGGAUAAAACUGCAACUGCAAGUGCAGGUGGUGAAGGUGGCAAAAAAAGACAGCAUCGAGAAGGGACUAGUGGGGAGAGUAGCAAGCGACUGUUCCUGUGUAGUGUCUGCGGACGUGGAUUCACCAGACGUGAGACUCUUCGUCGGCAUGACCGCAUUCACACAGGUGAGAAGCCACACCACUGUCACGUCUGCGGAAAACAUUUCCGGGAAGCAUUCCAUCUCACUAAGCACCGCACAGUUCAUUCAGGAGAGAAGAACUACAAAUGUGACUUGUGUGGGAAGGAAUUUGGUUAUGCGCAGAGCCUGAAGAGGCAUGGAAAAUUACAUCAGAAAGGUGAAAUUGAGGAGACCUCCACAACAGCAGGAGGAAACAACAGCAACAACAACAACUCUGUGGGAAUCUCAGGAGGGAGCACUGGUCAAGAGAGGGAUCAAGGAAACUCUGAUCCCUACUACUGCUAUCCUCAGGACGUGAAGCCGCAAGGAUCUAAUACUCAGCCCCCUCCUAGGCUUUACACAUGUGCUAUUUGCUGGAAGUCUUUCCGCCAUCAUUUUCACCUCACCGCUCAUCACCAAGCAGUUCAUGAAGGUGGGGAAAGGCUUUUUUGCUGUGAGGUUUGUGGAAAAGCCUUUGCCUAUGCCAACAGCUUAAGCAGACACAGGCUGUCCCAGCAUGGGUUGACUCGGACAGGCCAAACAAACCAGCCAGGGAGUGGAGGUUCGUCUGGUGGUAGUGGAGGUGCAAGCUCAUCAGUCUCUGAGAGUGAAGCGGCUACAAAUGCCCUACUUCAGCUUGUGCCACCAAGUGGAGCUCAUGGGGAUCAACAGACGCAUGGCGGGGUCCCUCAUGGUCAACAGCCUCCAUUACACCCUUCUGGCUUCUCCCCUCUCUUAUGCCUCCCAGAAUUUGGUCCUUCCCAUCCUUCCGUGUCCAGUGCCCAAACAUAUUCCCAACCCCUCCCACCUAAUUCCACUUUAACCCCCCUCUCCAAUCACCAGCAACCUGCAGGAAUAAAAGGGGAGCCGCUUUAUCCAUCUGGUCCUUCCCAUUCCCUCAAUACCUCUCCCCCCAUUCACCCCCUUUUGCUGUUGCCCCCCUCUCAACAGCAGCAACAUCACAGCAUUCAGUAUCCAAUUGAGAUCCCAUCUUCGCACCCGCAACACCAGAAUCUCCAGACUCAGGGAGAUGUGAGGAAGCGCAAAAAAAAAAAAAAGCGUAGGGAGCUUGAACACCGAGCCGGGGACACUGGAGAGCCAUUGAGCUUCGCUAGAGGGGGCAGUGUAGAGAGGGGCGAAAAAAAGCAUAUGUUGGUGGGAGGGAGACUGAAAGAUGAGAGAAGAAAACUGCAAAAGCGUAAAAGAAGAGCCCUCCAACUGCAGCUAAGAAAGAAAAAACGAAUGGCUCUGCUUUUAAGAUUUAAAAGAGGCGGAAUAGCAGGGCGUGCAAUGAUGGCAGGAAUAAAUGUGGGUAGAUUGUCAUCUUUGGAGGUGCCACACAAACGCUUUCCAUGCCCCGUCUGUCCCCACACCACCUUUCCUCGACAGGCAGCAUUGUUAGUUCACCAAGCAGCUCGACACCCCAUAAGAAUCACCAGCCGUCAAGAGCGUUUGGUGUGCCCCGUCUGUGGAAAACGCUCUCGCAAAUUCUUAGCGGCCCUUAGCCAUCGGGGUUCCCAUCUUGCCCAAGCCUCUUUCUCCUGCCAAAAAUGUCCCUCUCGUUUCUGGAAUGGAACCCUCCUGGAGAGACACAAGGUGGUUUGUCGAGGUGCCGUAGGAGGGGCACACCGCUCUGGGGGUUUAAAAUUGAAACCUACUAAGAGGAGAGGAAAGAAAAGAGAAGGGCAGACUGAGACUGCAUCAGUACUCACCGAGUACAGACGUUAGACUCUUUUUUUUUUUUUUUGUUACCUUAAAGAUUUUGUCUUCAGUAAAGGAGAGGAUGAGGGUCUGUUCAUUUGUUUUUUUUUUUUCUUUGAGAGAAUUGGGAAAAGACUUUCAGAGCUGAAUUAACUCUGGAACUGUGUUGACCGACUUGGUAUUACUACCACAUGUACUCCUAGACUCUGGAUUACAUCUUAAGGGAGCGUUUUUAAGGAGGUUUAUGCAUAUACUAAUUUACAUGUACUGCAAAACCAACCUCAAAAAACUCCUGGGACUUUUCUCAGAUUUUGGGGGAAAUCUAUGGACUGUUUUUACAGCAUCCCAGUUCCAUAGUUGCAUUCAUACUAAAAUUGGCUGACAUUGCUGAGGUAGAUAUUAGAUGAGUUUCAGUGGAUUAUUACAGCUAAUGUUUCUCCCUAUCUAGUUUUUAUCCAACAGUUUCUCUGUCUCUUAUGUGUACAAUGUAUAGUUAGUGUUAGGGCCACUGUGGCAUUGUGUUUGACUUUUUUAAAUAAUACAUUUUAAUAGGAGUAGAAGGUGGGUGGGGGGAAAGCGGGAUGACAGGCUUUAUUUGAUAGAAGGACAGUGUAUCAUGUUAGACGGUGCUCACUGUGUGUUAUGUAGUCACUCAGAUUGUGAAUCUGUCACUUAGUAAAUCCAAAAGAAAGUGUAUAUGUUAACCUGUAAGUCAUUUUAUAAAGGUGGCAAGUUUCAUUGUAAUGAACAGAGUAAGGAAAAUGGUUGUUGAGUACAGAGUUGGUAAAGACCGGGUUCUGUAUUCUUGGCUUUGAUAACAAAAAAACGAAUUUCUAAAGCUAAUAAUGGAACCUGAUCUCAACAGAGUAGACCGUUUGCAUGAAAGAUCAAAAUGGAGAGGCAGAUGGGAACAAGCGGACUAUACUGUAAAAUUCUGAUUAUAUUUUAUUAUUGUUAUAUUAUGAUUUUUUUUUUUUAUUCAACAUAUAAUUUCAAUUUUUUAAUGUUGCUUAU